AUGGCAUACAUCUCAAAUGCCGCUCCAAGCCAUUCCACCGUUCUAAUUCGACAGCCCGGAAGCCUCCAAGAACAGGACGCGCUGUCCCCUCCAUCAAGGUGGGUCUCAGCUUUCUCCGAGGUCUGGCGGGUGAAAUUUCUUCCACGCGUGCAACUCGUUUCAAUGAGAUUUGCUGCGCACAUUCUUACAGAAAUAAAAAUGCCUGGUGAGAAGUUUAGAGUAGUAAGAAGCUUAUAUCUGCUACGGUCCUGUCUACCAAGAAUCAUGGUUGGUAUAGACAAUAUCACUUUCAUCACGGCGUGA